UAUUAGUUUCUGUUUCUUUGACAGUUUUAACACCAUAUAUCUAAAAACUUCAGUUGAAUUAAAGCUUCUUUGGAGUGAACGGAGAUGGAAAAAAGGCAGUUUCGAUCGGUGAAAGAAGCCGUUGAGUUGUACGGCCAAAGGCUUUUGGCUCCGGAGCUCUACGCCAACGUUCUCCGAGAGAUGGAGAACGAAGAAAUUGAACACGAAAAUAAUCUUCAAAAGAUCAAAAGUGUAAGAGAUGAAUUGGAGAUUGCAAAGCAAAACUUGGAGAAAGCUAAAGAAAGGAGUGUAGCAAUGGCACGUUCUUUUUCUUCUUUGCAAGAAGAGCUAGAAGAAACAAAGAGAAAGCUCCAAAUGCUUAAGGAAAAAUCAGAUUAUGACAUUGAAUUUGUUGGUGAUUCUUUGAAAUUUGACUUCAAAACACAAUCACAAAGAUUCGAAGUAGAAGAAGAAGAAAGUGAAGUCUUUGAAAAAAAGCAUGCAAAAAUGAACAGUGGAGAAAUUAAGGAUAUUCCAUCCAUGAAGAAGAAGGCAAGCAAGAAGAAGAAGAAAGCUACACUUUUUAUAGGAGGCUUUUUUUCUAAGAAGAAGUGAAAAAAUAUAUAGUAUAUUUAAUAAAAUUAAAUAUUAUAAAAGAAAUCUUCUUUUUUAGUUUAAUGGAAGUGAAGAGAUUCGAUCCUUUGACGUCUUGAUCAACCACAAUAUAUCUUUAAUCUGGCUCAACAAAAAUUAUGUUUUUGUUUUCUUAUUUGAGUGAAAAUGGAAUUUUUUGGGAGCCAUGAAAAUGGUUAAAAUAUAAUGUUAAUCAUUGUAUUUUGACUGGUAUAAUUUGUUUGGUUAAUCUUACUUGUAUGGGUAAUGAUUAUGUCCUUUGAGUUAAAUUUGUUUAUUAAA